AUGAGCGGUCGACGACGUCAACUUCCGGCCACUCCGGACGAUAUCGCCAACGGAUACCCCGUAUUCUCCCCAUUGACCCCACAAAUUAUGCGACGAUGUCAUCCACGUCUUCAGGAAGUUCGAAGCUUCGAUCCGAUGUUGGUAUCGCAGUUGAGGUACGUCUUCAACAUGAAUUUUAAAGGUCAUUGUUCUUUUCCGAGUUGUCCAUCAUCAAAAACCUACCAUACUUCUCUGCCAUGGCACUAGCAUUGUCCAUCUCAUAAAAAGCGUCCAAGAACGAGUGUACAGCAGGUGUUUAACCGCCUAACUGAUAGUAUAGUAUACAAAUAUACGUAAUAACCACCUCCGGAAACGAUCAUCAUCACAAACUUUUUGCACGUGAACAAAAACAAAGGAAAAAGAGCGUUUUGUCGGCUUUUCGGCUUUCUCACACAGAUAUGAUGGCUCCCCGGGCUCAUGUUCACGUUACUAUUACACCCCCGGGGAGGAACUCUUUCUUUCUCUUUCUCUUUCUCUUUCCUCAGCUGAUGACCAUCACCACAUACUACUAGUCUAGUGGUUCGGAGCAGGAGCACAAAACUUUCUUUUAUGAUGUUUCUGCUGUUGGCAAGUGACUCAGAGAUAGAGAGAAGAAGGGGGAGUAGUUGGCUCUUUUCCACAAGAAAUCAGAGCUCUCGGUGAAGGCACGAACACUUGAUCCUUAUCCUUGUCCACCUUACAGUCGUACUUUUACCCUCUUCCCCUUGGUACGUUUUCAGAUGAGCUCAAGUUUCCUGCUUCUGACUCCGCCCCGGAGCAUUUGUCAACAUUCCUGGCACUAUACAGAUAUAGUCGAACUACUUUUCUUUGCUCCAAAGAGAUUUGAAGCUUCUACUGUAUUUUUGACGAUUUCAUCAUUGAUAUCUUCACAGUUUUCAAAGUUCAGCACACUUUGCAACUGCUAGUUGGGACAUUGGAAUCUUUUUGAAACUAUGUAUGAAAGUAUUGGUUGCAAACUUGAACAAUGUUAGAAACCAGUUGGACCACGACCAAAGUUCAUUUUAUCUUUUUUCCGCAAAAAAUCCACCUGACUCGAUGCUCUUGUUCUUGCUCCGUCUAGACCCAAGUACCAGUUGAGAUUCUUUAAAAAAAAGAGAGAGAAAGGGAGAGAGAAACUUCCCGAGGUCAUAUCCCACCUGAUUGCACUUGCAUGUUAGCGCUCUUCUUGAAAUAAUAACGGAACAGGCGGAGGUCACGUAUACUGUUUGCAUCUCCCACUCUCUUUCUCUCUGUCUCUCUCUCUCUUUCUUUCUCUUUCUCUUUUGAUCUCGCAAAUCUAAUCCCAAAGAGCAUACUAUUUGCUCUUUCUGAGCUCGCCCGAGCAUCCCAAUCCUCUCACGCGAACUUUUUGUGCACAGUAGCUGGCUGCUCGGCGAGCGCCGCCAGCCGGAGCAUUUCCCAUCCUGACAUAAGUACCGCCCGUGUCUUGUUCGCAAAUUUCGAGAGAAGAGAACAAGACACACAUUCACAUUUUCACUUCUGAUCUUCUCACACACAUUUUCUCUGAUUUCAUCUGGUUCCUUUCGGAUUUCAUUAAAGAAAACAAUCAAGGAAAGAGUAUUUGUUCCGUUUUCUCAAAUGGGUUUCAGGUUUAAGUACGGGGCGUCUUGAAAGAAAAACAAAAAACUGGUGACGGGGGGUCUUGACCAGACCACUGCCUCAGGGGCUGGCUCAAAACUAAAAACCACUUCAUUCCAUUUUGCAUCCGUUCCGCUCUUUUCUCACAUGUUUGUGUAUUUCUUCUUUGUGCCACGUCAUAGUGCUUUCAAUUAGCUCGAACUUUUAACUUUAUGGGGUUUUCGGGUCGUAACUGCCACUUUUAACAACUCCGAAGCUUGUCAAAGAGCAAGCUAGGGACGAAAAAAGGAGCAAAAGUUUGGUACUAAUUACAAAACAUCUGGACCCUUUUGAAAAGAGACUCUUGUUUUCAAUGAUCGGGUGCUCCGGCAUACUGUAGGUAUACAUUGAGAAGUUCAAAAUUGGUGCAGGCAUUGUGCAGACAGAAGGUUUGGUGCUGCCUACCAAUAAGUGUAGUUUGUAGUCUAAACAGCAUCACGACGCACGAUGGCAGUCCCAAAUUUUGAAGCUUUAUAAGAUGGAGCUUUGAAAGCCCAAAUCACACUUUAAAAAGCGAUUUUUGUAAAAACGACAAGGGACACUUCAGCUUACUUCUCACGCUCUAUCCAAUUGUGUAAAUAUCUGAACGACAAAAAAGAGGAUCCUUCCAGUGACUGUAAUAACUACUUGAACUCUAAAUGACCAUUAGAUCGUAGAAUUAUAUCUAUCUUUUUUAUAUUGAGGGAUCCACUCUUCCUUCGUUCCGUCUGACUCAUCAGCUUUUCCUGUACAAGUGCCCUGAUUCCUCCCGGCGCAACGCCUCGGUCAUUCCGUCAACACUCUCAAUUAGCCUCUUCUCCCCUUCCCACCGCCACCCACAUUUCUCAUAUAUAUAAGAGAACCCAUUUUCACACAUCCGAUUAUCAUCUAACUUUUAUAUUUCUUCCCUUUUGCCAAUUUCCGCUAACCAGCACUGGAUCUUUUGAUCAAUUUUGUCGAUCAGUAACACAUUUCACAAUGUAUAUCCAACCACUAGUGCUCAAAACUUUCCAAAAAUGUUUUCAUGUUGUGUCGUAGCUGCCGAUGGUGUGAAAUGAUGUGUAUUCUUGUCGCUGUGCGCUCGUGUAACCGCAUUAUCCUGAGCACCCCUCCCCGAAUGUGGAAAAGAAUAAGAAGAAGAAUAUACUGACUCCCUCUUCCUUUUCUUCUUCUUAUCCUUUUCUUGGAGCCGUGCCAAAACAUGUGUUACUCCCGUCACAAUCAGCUGGGUUCACAGAAGAAGAAAAAAUGUGGGAGGAGGGGGAGGGUGUUCGGGCUUAGGGGGUCAGUUACGAAUAUUUUCGUGCAUCAUGUUGCGCUUCUCAUUCUUUAAACGAUAAUUCUGCAGAAAAACAGACCUAAAGGUUCGCGCUGCUUAGAAUACAAACUACAAAACAUUGUAAAGCAGCCCAAAGUUUUGGUGCUGCUAACAAGGUUACGUAGUUUGUAGUCUAAUUGUAAGCAGCAUCAAACCUCGAACACUGUAAUUUUAGAAAAUUUUUGCUCAUUUUUUGCAUGACUUCUGUCGAAAGGAGCGCAUUCUGCCUAGUUUCUUCUCCAUGUUCUCAUCUUUUUCUCUUAAUCCUCUUCUCUUUUGGUUCUGGUUUUUUUGGUGCCACGUCACGAAGGAUUAGUUGUCGAAAAGUAGAGGAAACUUCUCUUCUUGCCCACUCUUUUGCCUUGUUUUUGUAUACUUUCCCUGCUUUUACAGCCAAAUCAGUUUUUGAGAAGAUUUAGGUAGAUUUUACUGACGCAUUCUUGUUCGAACUAAAAAAUUGUAUUUUGCUCGUGAUGGUUUUGGUCGGAAAAAAGGAAAAAAGAAGGGAAACGAGUAGGAAAAGGCAAAAAGUGGAAGAAAUUCAAUUUUCGAAGAAAAGUGUAUUCUCCAGACGCAUUCAUCUUCAGAGCUCACUUAUUUUCUUGGCAGUAGAAAAUGUUUCUACAGAACUCGUUAUACUGCAAAAAAAAAGGCAAAAAUGACCCCUGAAACACCCGAAGCAUUAAAAAUCCGUGUGUCAUCUCUUUUGUGCUCCCCGUUUUCCAAUAUUGUACGUCCCAAAUGACAACUGAAUGCGGGAAAGUGGGUCAUUUAUCCCGAAUAUAUUGGCCAAUUCGUCAAAUGAUGGACCGACGCGUGCCACCCAAACAAAACAAAUAAAAAAACGGACGAGCUCUCUAGUCAGCCAGUGUGUUUGGAUUUGAAUUUGCAUUCCGAAUUUCAAUUUUCGAUUUUCUAUUUCAAAUUUCCAAUUCCCUAUUCCCAAUUCCCUAUUCCAAAUUCCAAAUACCAUUAACAGUUGUCCAAAUAGUCAACAAAAAGUAGUAAUGAGGGGGUACUAUGGGUACAAGGAUUUGUUUUCUUGAAGCCAACUCAAACAAAGCUGAUUUGACGCAUAUUUUUUCUUUGAUUUGUCACGUUCAGUUUCUGGAUGAAAGUCAUUCUCACGAAUCCAGACACAGCUCAAAAACAAGUACUUGCUAACUCUCUCACCUUUUUCCAGCCUUUCCAGUAUCUUGUUGACACAUUCUGCAUUUCUCGAGCGAGUGCCCUGGGAAUCAAAAAUCCGCGGCACUUUCCCACUUUCAACUUUUAUUCACUCAAAACAAGCCUAUCACCUACUCAUUCUAUUUAUUUGUUUUCAGCAGAAAAAGUUCGGAAAACUGAUGUCUGAGUAGAAAGUUUGACUGCUUUCGUGGUUGAGUGAGGAAAGCGAACGCUUGAAAACAUUGCAAAAUUUCAAAAUAAUCACUGUCAAGCAACCAAAACUCAAUACCAUUUUACGCUUUGACAAAAAUUUUGUAUUAGACGAAACCAGCAUAAUUUUUGAGGUAGUUAAACUCCCUUUCAAACUGCCUUAUGUAUUUUUCUGUUUGCUCUAGUCCCAUACUCCAAGACCUCCCUCGAAGAAAGAGGGAAGGGUGACCAGGCCCCCGUUCUACAUUAGAUUUAUUUGAAUCUUGAACGUUCGUGUCCGUGGCUCCAAUAGUGUGAGAUGUCAUCUGCCGCAUUCAAAUUGACCUCCCUCUCCCUCUCUCUCUCUCUGUCUUCCUCUCUUUCAAUAGUGCACUCGUCGGAUGUGUAUUCCUUCCGGCGUUUCUUAUUUUCCGUUGUCGGAGGCCCGGCCGGUGGGAGCGGAGAAUGAAUGUGUAGUAAAAUUAUGACCCCCCGUUUCCUCUUGCUUGCCCCCCCCCCUCUACUUCCUUCCACUCUCAUUCUUCCUCUUCUUCCAAAAUGUGCCUUUCAUUUUGCACUCUUUCCCAGCCCGCAUCUCCUUAAAAACUUUUUGUGCACCCCUCAUCUCCAAAUGCCUCGUCACUUUUCUUCCCCAUCUUGCUUUUUUGCCAUUUUGCCCCAUUCUUUGACCAAACUGGUGAUGUGUAGUUUGUAGUCUAAGCAGCUCCAAAAUAAUAGCCUGCUUGGUGCUGCUUAGAAUAAAAACUACAAAAUCUCGCUGGGUCGCUUCUCCUCACCAUUCUUCAUUUUCUCGAUCUCCAGAAAGAAUGACGAAUGACAUGGUUUUCUGAUAAAAUUGAUGAUGAAUUGGAAAGUAAAAAUAGAAGAAAACGAGGAAGAAACAGCAGUAAAUAACUGCUACCAAUUGUUGUUAUUGUUGUCUUGUAGUGUUGUGUUCCCAAUCUAUCACAACUUUUUUUGCUGCUUCUUCUUCUUACUUUUUCUUUUACAUCUGAAAAAUAAGUAGGAGGAGACUAGACUUCCGGAAGAGAGAAAAUGACGGAAAGCGUCGAUUUGAUGAAUCUUCGGUGGAUGCUCCAGGAGAAAUGGAGAUCUCAUAUUUCACUUUUCCCCUCCCAUUCUUUUCCACCAAACUUUUGCCAUCUGCCCCUUCUUUUCCCUUCAUGCUCUAUUUUGGCUCAAAGUUCAUUCGACCAUAUUAAUAUUAUCAAGUUCCCCGAAUUUUUCAGAGGCGAAGAUUCAAACCGACUGCUUCUCGAAGGAUUUCUGGGCGACGAGAUGCGGAACCAACCGUUGAGAUCGCAAAGUUUCAAACAUCGGCCGAAGCCUGUUGUAGAGGUAACUAAAAAAAUGUUUCCAUUUUUCUUGUAGUCUCACUUACAAGGCCACUUUUCUUAAUGUCACGCGUCGUAAACGUUACAGAAAAUUAGCCUAGUUUAUUUAAUCUUAUCCUCAAACUAACAAUCUUCUCUUUUCCUUUUUCUUUUUUUUCUGCUAUAUUCGGUUUGGCUUCAUUUCAACAGAAAAGUGGGUGGAGCCUAGUUAUCGUAAGAUGACUUUGCAUUUUUUUUUUGUUUUUCCGGUAAGAUGUCAACUGGUUGUCAUUAUAGAUAUCUGCAAAGAUACCUUUUAUUAAACAAAUUCCCCUUUUUAGCUGGGUUAUUUAUUUAUUUCAUCCUAGUCAGCUCAAAAUCGAAUUCGCAAGUAUCCCUCUGAAAAUCUGAAAGUGAGAAGGAAGACAAAAACAGACGUGUCCAAAAAACGACGUCGUCGUCGUGCAAAUUCUGUUAGUCUUCGCGCAAUCAGAAUUUUCUUUAAAAAAAGAAGAAGAAAUAUUUGCUCCUACGACCACCACAAACACACACAACUUUUUGAUUGACGUAUUAUUUCAAGUACACUACCUCCGGCGCCGCGCCGCCUACAAUAUUUGUUUUUCGAAAACGAGAACUUCUCGUCUUCAUCACUUUUUUCCGUGUAAUCUACACCUUUGCUAACUGCUAGUUAUAGUUACUGAUAAACAUAUAUUCUCGAAUAAGCUCCGCCCGUCUUUUUUCUAGAAGUCUCGACGAAAAAUGACCGAAUUGAUCAGUCCUGAGAUGCUGCUUCAAGUCGAGGUGGGUAUAGAGAUAGUAUCGAGUGACGUGGAAAUUCCUAUAUCUAGAUACUAGAAAUUAGCUCCUAGACCCCCUAAAACCUCGGUUUUUUAUUCUUCCGCUUCAAAAUGCACUCCUUUAAGGUUCGCCGGAUGGCCGUAGAUGAUGUCGGAUCACAUGAACGUCGUCGCAGCACGCCUACUGUAUCACGAAGACCUUCUCUUCAGAAGUAAGUGCUUUUGGAUUCUGAUUCUUGCUCUUCAAACGUGUGACCAGCCCAUGCGAUUUCUGUUUAUAUUCGUGGGCAGAUCUCCAGAUGUGGUGGACCACUAAUCAUUCGGAAGAGUCUUUCAGAAACUUCUCAUUCAUUAUUUUAUUUAGACAGCGCAUCAUGGAACCGAGAACCGACGUUUGGCCGGAAGCGAAACCGAAUAAUGGAAUUGAAGAGCGCUUUUUGAAGUUGCCCGAUUCUGAGGAUUAUACCAGGUCAGUAAAUUUAUCAAAUUAGUUCAACCGAUUUUUUCAAUUGUUCAGAGUGCGCCAAUUCAAAAUCGACGAGAAAGGAGCGGUGGUCGCGCGUGGCGACUCUUUUCGUCGCAAACGUACUCCCACCUACAAAUCCGACAAAUCGCCGUCUCCGUUCCCAGUUUCGGCCUCUACCGAUUCGGCUCGUGGCUCUCGCAGCGAAUCUGAGGCCAGCGAGCCGGUGGCCGAUGAGAUGGCCAAGCUUUCGGUCAAUGAUUUGACGAAUGCGUCAACCAGUCACAAGACUUACAAGGUAAUAAUUUGUCUCGGUGAAAUGACAUGGCUCACGAUAAACAAACUUUAGAUCUACGUUGUCGGGGACACUGGCACUGGAAAGAGCUCGUUGAUCUCUCAGCUGAUCACCUCCGAGUACAAGAAUGCGUUCGCUGAUGAAAUUCGUGAGUUUUUCGUCAAACUCUUCUGAAUCUUCCGGAUCUCUCUUCAACGAAAAAGUUUCAGAAGACUACGAGAACACCGUCUCAAUCUGCAUCGGUGGCGUCGAGUGCGACCUGGUCUUUUUCGAGUCCGAUCUCGCCGACCCCUGCUGGCUGACAAAUGAAGUUCACGCUUUUCUGGUCGUUUACAGCAUCGACUCAAAGUCCAGCUGGAAGCAAGCGAUGAUGGCUCUUGAGGUGAGCACGUCUACAAUAAACCUGAAACUCUUCAAUAAUUUUAGAUGAUCCGUGACCAGCCGGACUGCCGAAAUCUUCCGACAUUGGUGGCUGGAAACAAAAUCGACUUGGAGAGAAAGAGGACUGUGACGAAGCAAGAGGUCCGAGCUGCUAAGGCCGCCAUGGGCUUCGAACACUUUGAAAUCUCGGUUGCUCUCGAUCAUGACGUGGAUGAUUUGCUCGUCGGUCUGGUGGCCGAGAUCCAGGAGGCGUUUGCUCCGGAAGUCGUGCUCCAGAAACCAUCUCCACGUCAUCAUCCUAUCGACGAUUUCCACAGCGCCAUUCGUCGUUAUUCGCAGCGAAAGAAGAAGGCGCCGUUGAAUGAUUUGGAAGGAGGUAGAGGAAUACUGUACCUAUAAACACACGUUUUCGGUUUUCAGGAAAGUGCUCGGUGCUCUCACCGACUGGACUCUUCGCCAAGUUCCGCAAUUGGCGACGUGGCAGCUCGCCACGGAUAGAAACCAACUGA